AUGAAAGUUUUGAGGUGUUCCUGUGAUGAUGGUAAUCCAUGUACUGCCUAUGGAAUCGACGCUGAAUGCUAUACCGAAAAUUUGUGUCUUCACAUUGAUCAGUGUAUCAUUGGUAGUUGUAUAUCACCACUGGUUGGUUGUGAAUUCGUUGCUGUAAAAUGCGACGAUGGUGAUGAUCCAACGAUCGAUACAUGUACUCAAGAUCAAGGAUGUGUUAUUACUGUUGAUGUAAAUUGUGAUGAUGGUGAUUCAUGUACUGAUGAUAGUUGUUAUGAUGGCAAUUGCAUUUACGUUGAUAUUUGUUCGACCACUGGAGUUGUUACUACGACCGGAGUCGUAUCGACCACCGGAGUAGUGACAACCACUGGCGUAGUAACAACAACGGCAGUGGUCACUACAACUGGUGAUCUAACAACUGCUAUUGUCUCGACAACCGGAGUUGUCACUACAACGGCACCAGUCUCAACCACCGGAGUAGUUACUACAACAGCCGUGGUGUCGACAACUGGAAUUGUCACAACCACUGCACAACAUACAACAGUCCAUCCAACUCUUGGCACUUCGAUAUCAUCGAUAUCAACAACAACAUCAUCCUCAUUAUCAUCCUCAUCAAUAUCAUCAUCAUCAUCAAUUACAGGUGGAUCAGGAUGA